GACUUUUUCUUAUUUUCAGUGAUGAGCUACUGAUUAUACCAAAGCAUUGUUGAUAAAACCAAAAUGUCGGGCAAAAUUCUUAAUCCUGUUACAAACCAUUAUGAAUUUUCUGGGACUAUUGGAGUAUUUCUAAUUACUUUUGGUUUGCCUAUUGUUAUGAUAGGCUUCCAACUACUAGUCAGCAGAGAGUAUCUAAUUCAAGGAAUUAAUCUAAAGAUUGAUUUGGUUAAAAGUCAGAUUUAUAAUAUUGGCUGGAAACAAUUGAGCUUGGAUAAGAAUGUUUGGUUGGCAUAUUUAUCAUGGUUUUCAAUUUUGGCUGUAUUCGAUGUUGGAUUGCCUGGAAAAAAACUAAAGGGAAUUAAAUUGAGAGAUGGUACAAAACUCGACUAUAACAUUAAUGGGUUACUUUUUACUUCUCUUUUUGUUGUAGUUGUCGGAAUUAGAUAUAAAAUCACCAACGGUUUAUUACCUGAACUUCAAUUCCUUUACAACAACCACCUAAGUUUCAUUAUUGUCUCAAUAAUUUUUUCAUUUAUACUAUCCACUUUUAUUUAUUUAAACUCUUUUAUACCUUUGGUAAAAAAAAACGGAUUUAACACCAAAGAAAGAAUACUAAGUAUUAACGGAAAUACUGGUAAUUGGUUCUACGAUUGGUUUAUCGGCAGGGAAUUAAAUCCCAGAUUUGGUUCCUUUGAUAUCAAGUUAUUUGUCGAAUUAAGACCGGGCUUACUAUUAUGGUUGUUGAUCAAUCUAUCUUGUUUGCACCACCAAUACUUAUCCAAGGGUUAUGUUUGCAAUUCGUUAGUCUUGAUCAAUGUUCUUGAAGGAUUUUAUGCGUUUGAUGGUGUCCUAAAUGAAGAAGGAGUUCUCUCAAUGAUGGAUAUAACAACAGAUGGAUUCGGUUUUAUGUUGAUUUUUGGAAGUUUAAGUUUAGUUCCCUUCACAUACUCUUUGCAAUCGCGUUACCUAGUACUAAAUGAAGUCAAUCUAGGCCCAGUGAACAUUGUCUUCAUUCUCGCUUUGUUUUUUGCUGGAUACUAUAUCUUUCAUUCUUCAAACAAACAAAAAUCUGAUUUUCGAAAUGGUCUUUUGGACGACAAGCACUACAAAUUUAUUCAAACAAAAACUGGUUCUAAAUUACUAUGCGAUGGCUGGUGGGCUUUGAGCCAACACAUCAACUAUUUCGGUGAUUGGUUAAUAGCCUGGUCUUGGUGUCUUCCAACUGGUUUCAACACUCCACUAACAUACUACUAUGUUAUUUACUUUGCUACUUUGCUAUUGCACAGACAAGUGAGAGAUUCGGCAAAGUGUGAAGCCAAGUAUGGUGAAACCUGGAGAUUGUACACUUCCAAAGUCCCCUACAAAAUCAUUCCUUAUGUAUAUUGAUUUCUAAACAUGACCCAUCCAAAUAAAUAAUACUGAUUAUAUUCUCUU